AUGGAGGACCCCGUGGCGCCCGGGGUCGGGAGCUCGUCUGCCAAUAGCAACGGCAACGGCGGCGGCAAAGGGAAGCAGGCAGCACCCAAGGGCCGGGAAGCGUUCAGAAGCCAGCGGCGGGAGUCGGAGGGCUCUGUGGACUGUCCCACUCUGGAAUUUGAGUAUGGAGAUGCAGAUGGGCACGCAGCAGAGUUGUCAGAAUUGUAUAGCUACACUGAAAACCUGGAAUUCACCACUAACAGGAGGUGCUUUGAAGAAGAUUUCAAGACUCAAGUGCAGGGCAAGGAGUGGCUGGAAUUGGAGGAAGAUGCCCAAAAGGCCUAUGUGAUGGGACUCCUGGACCGACUGGAGGUGGUCAGUAGGGAACGGCGACUAAAGGUGGCCCGGGCUGUUCUGUACCUGGCCCAAGGCACUUUUGGGGAAUGUGAUUCAGAGGUCGAUGUACUACACUGGUCCAGGUACAACUGCUUCCUGCUCUAUCAGAUGGGGACCUUCUCGGCCUUCUUGGAGCUACUCCACAUGGAAAUCGACAACAGUCAGGCCUGUAGCAGUGCUCUUCGGAAACCAGCCAUCUCCAUUGCUGAUAGCACAGAGCUCAGGGUGCUGCUGAGUGUCAUGUACCUAUUGGUGGAAAAUAUUCGCCUGGAGCGAGAGACAGACUCCUGCCGUUGGAGGACAGCACGGGAGACCUUCCGCACUGAAUUGAGCUUCUCCAUGCAUAAUGAGGAACCUUUUGCCCUUCUGCUUUUCUCCAUGGUUACCAAGUUCUGCAGUGGCCUGUCUCCCCACUUCCCCAUAAAGAAGGUCCUGCUUUUGCUCUGGAAAGUGGUUAUGUUUACCCUCGGUGGAUUUGAGCGUCUACAGGUUCUCAAAGUACAGAAGCGGGCAGAACUGGGACUGCCUCCAUUGGCGGAAGAUAGUAUCCAGGUGGUGAAGAGCAUGCGCGCCGCCUCCCCACCCUCGUACACCCUCGACCUGGGGGAGUCUCAGCUGGCACCACCACCCUCUAAGUUGCGAGGCCGCCGUGGUUCUCGAAGGCAACUCCUCACUAAGCAGGACAGCCUGGACAUCUACAAUGAAAGAGACCUCUUUAAGACAGAGGAGCCAGCCACAGAGGAGGAAGAGGACUCUGCUGGUGAUGGAGAACGAACCUUGGAUGGAGAAUUAGACUUGCUAGAGCAAGACCCUCUUGUGCCACCUCCACCCUCACAGGCAUCCCUUUCUGCUGAGCGGGUGGCCUUUCCCAAGGGCCUACCCUGGGCCCCAAAGGUCAGACAGAAGGACAUUGAGCACUUCUUGGAGAUGAGCAGGAACAAAUUCAUCGGAUUCACUCUGGGGCAGGACACAGAUACCUUGGUUGGAUUACCCAGGCCCAUCCACGAGAGUGUGAAGACUCUAAAGCAGCACAAGUACAUCUCCAUUGCAGAUGUUCAAAUCAAGAAUGAGGAGGAUCUGGAGAAGUGCCCCAUGUCUUUGGGGGAAGAGGUGGUACCAGAAACGCCAUGUGAAAUCCUCUACCAGGGCAUGCUCUACAGCCUCCCUCAGUACAUGAUUGCUCUACUUAAGAUUCUGCUGGCUGCAGCCCCCACCUCCAAAGCUAAGACAGACUCUAUCAAUAUCCUGGCAGAUGUCCUGCCUGAGGAGAUGCCCAUCACUGUUCUCCAGAGCAUGAAGUUGGGCAUCGAUGUGAACAGACACAAGGAGAUCAUUGUAAAGAGUAUCUCUGCCCUGCUCCUGCUCCUCCUCAAACACUUCAAACUGAACCAUAUCUACCAGUUUGAAUAUGUGUCACAACAUUUGGUAUUUGCCAACUGCAUUCCAUUGAUCCUGAAGUUCUUCAAUCAAAAUAUCUUGUCGUACAUCACUGCCAAAAACAGCAUUUCGAUCCUGGAUUACCCUUGCUGUACCAUUCAGGAUUUGCCGGAGCUUACUACAGAGAGUCUGGAAGCUGGAGACAACAAUCAAUUCUGUUGGAGGAACCUCUUUUCCUGUAUCAACCUUCUGAGGUUGCUCAACAAACUGACCAAAUGGAAGCAUUCCAGAACCAUGAUGCUGGUGGUAUUCAAAUCAGCUCCAAUCUUAAAGCGGGCCCUCAAGGUCAAACAGGCCAUGCUGCAACUUUAUGUUCUGAAGCUGCUAAAAAUACAGACCAAGUACCUGGGGCGCCAGUGGAGGAAAAGUAAUAUGAAAACCAUGUCAGCCAUCUAUCAGAAAGUACGCCACCGCAUGAAUGAUGACUGGGCUUAUGGGAAUGACAUCGAUGCCAGGCCAUGGGACUUCCAAGCAGAAGAAUGCACCUUGAGGGCCAACAUUGAGGCUUUUAACAGCCGCCGGUAUGACAAACCCCAGGACUCUGAAUUUUCACCUGUGGAUAACUGCUUGCAGAGUGUGCUGGGGCAGAGGUUGGAUCUGCCUGAGGAUUUCCACUAUUCAUAUGAGCUCUGGCUGGAGAGAGAGGUGUUUUCACAGCCCAUCUGUUGGGAGGAGCUGCUCCAGAGUCACUGAGCUCUUAGGGAAAAAACAUCUGAUAGAUGGGGUUUGGCUCCAAUAAAUGGUGCUCUGCCUACCCUGCCCAUUCGGCCUUUGUUUCCAGCUCUGA